AAGAAGUCUACAAGAAGCUGACUGAGCGGGAGCUGAACAUGCACCGCCACACGCAGCAGCUCGAGACCACACUCAAGGGCGACGCGCAGCCAGUGCAGCCUGUGGCCCAGGCGUUGAAGCGCACGCAGGCUGAGAAGUCGAGCUCCGACUCGGAGUACUCCUACUCGGACUCGGAAGAAAGCGGCAAGCAG